ACAUAAUUUCCACGACAAAACUCUGCGUAAAUAUUACGGUAGUUCGAAUUUCCUUCAAUUAGGGUACUUAAUAAAAAGUAUUUUCUGUUUCAACGUAUUCCUUUGCCGUUGCUUUCUACAAAAGCUAAAUUCUUAUGUGUAUUGAUGAGUUUUAUCAUUUAAAACGAGCAUCCUCCUUAUGAUUAUGAUGGUUACAGAUUAAUCUUUUCGUCACAAAGUUUAUUUACGCCCUUACCAGGUGGUUACUAAAUCUUGUGUCCUACAUUGUCCCGAGACACAGUUAAAGUAAUCUGACUGUGUCUCUUGACCGGCCUCACUUUGUCAUUGUCUCAACUCAAACCAUUGUCUCAACUCAAACCAAAAUGAAAAAAUUUGGGUUAUUAUUAUUUUCUUCAAGAAGCAUAUAGACUGGACCUGUGGAUGAAGGCGAUAUGUAUGUCUACAUUUUUUAAAAGAAGAUAGGUCCAUAAUUGUUUUACCUUGUAGAAUAAAGCAAAGAUAAAAAGCAUGUUUGAAGCUGAAAAUCACAAUCAAAAUAGACAUAAUGGCAUGUUUUCUUUAUGAUUUAGGCCUAGGUACAUUAAUGUUAAUAUGCUUUUACAUUAUCACCAGUGACAUCUUGUAAUAAUGUUGAUUUAUUUUUUACGUGUUGAUAUAUAUUGAUCUUGGUGACUAAUGCUUAAAUGGGAAUCUGCAAAAUUUUUCUGAGACUCAAAUCUUCGUGGCAAUAUGAACGGAACAGUCUGGAAAUUAUGAAGCAUUGAUAAAAUUAACACACAAAUAAAAAUGAUUUAGGCUCUCUUAUAUGUGUGUUAAAACAAAUAGGUUUAAAUUUGUUAACCAAGAACACAAAAAUUUAAUUUAGGUAAAUGAUUUUAGGAAUAGUCCUGACAUAAAACCUGUAAUGGGAUUCUGAGUUGCACACUUGGUCACAGAAAUAAUAGGUGCUGUAUAGUUCUGUUUGAUUUUACCUCUUGGAAAUUUACAUUUGCAUUUAAACUCAAAGAUGAUAGUUUCCUAACCAAAAGUUUGCUAUUAUUUUGUUUUAUGUAUAAUUGCAUAUGAUUUUGCAUGGAUGUUUGGUGGGAUUCAACCGUCCAGUUAUUGAGUACCUUAAUUCUUUUUGAUUUGCUAAUAAAACCUCUUGAUAUAAAGGGUCCUCUAAACACCUGGGAAAAGUUCUGCGUAUGUACGAUUCUGAACUUCUAAACUGCUUAAGGAUAUAGAUUUCACACAUGUGUUCAACUUGAAAAUGAUACACAAAAAUCAAUUCAGGGGGGAAAAAUCAAUUUUUUAAAUUGUACUUCUAAACAUAAAAAUAAAAGUGGGACCUGCAGUUGGUAGAAUAAGCUACACCCAUUGCACCAAAGAGAUAGACAACCAAUUUUGGCAAUAUAAUCAGUUUCACAAUGCGUUCAAAUUGCCAUGUUGUGGAAGUAGAAGUCACAAUUAAGGUGUCAAAGAUCCUAAAGUUUAUAGACUGUCAAAAUUAGAAGGUCUGUGCUAUAUUGUAUGAAAUUGAUGCUGUUUCAACUAAAAUAUACAGCCUUGGAUAAAGGCAACAAGUGCAGUUGCUGCAAUGAAUUCAUACCUAUUAGUCUUUGACUGUACAAUUAACCAUAAUUAGACCCGGCCUUUACCAGAUUGGAGUUUGACGUGUACUGCUUAAAGGUUAAGUUCAUGUUAAAAUGGCUCUUCUAUGCUUUGGAGGCUGAUGUUUAAGAAUUUAAUAGACCAGAGGGAUAAAGGCACAGGAACUUGUUUCUAUGAUAAAGUAUUGGUAUAUAUUAUAAAUAUAACAGUUGUAAAUAUCAUACUAUGUGGUUAAGUUUAUUGCAGAAACAAUUGCUUGUGAAAUUAUCGGGGUAAAAUAAAUAAAUUAGUAACUAAAUAAAUAAAUAUUUGGGUACAUGUACUAUAUAAGAACAAAGUAUAAAAGGGCAUCUUCUAAGUUGUUGAAUUAAAAUAUUGUACAGUAAAUAUUCAAUUUGGCUGAAACAUUAGAACCCAAAAUCUCUGCCACUGAGAUAAUGAAAAAUUGUGUCACUUAUUCAAAGCAGACAUAAUUUUAGAGUAAACUGUGCACAUUGAAAUUUGAGAAGUGAGUAAUUGCUACUCUGUGUUUUGUUCGGGAUGUUAUGUUUGCAUGGACGCAUCAGAGUUUCAUGUUUCAGACAAAUCACUACAAAGGGGCUUAUCAUGUAUAUCUUGCAUGCCAGUUAGAGGUUUAAGUAGAGUGACUUUAUUGUUUAUUGAUCUAAAUUUCAGUCAUUAAAUUCUGUUCAUAUAAGAAAGGAUAUCUGUAAAUUGCAGUGCAUUUCUAUGCCUGUGAGAUCAGCAAUUUGAAACAUUUUUGACUUUUGUUUUCUUUGUUUUUCCAUACAUCAAUGGCUCAAUGCUCUCUUUAUUAUGACUUUUAACUACCUGAUCAAAAGCAAUACAUACUUAAAUGGUAAAAGACUUUUAAGGUUAAUUCCAAAGUUAUAGAAUAAAAAAAUUCAAGGCCAACAUUUAAGGAGUGAAGGACCCUGGCAUAGUUGCACAUACAUGAUUUUCUGAGAUUUAUUUAUCUGGAACCAUUCUGUGAAGUUGUUUUUACAGUAGGCAUUAAAGGACAUUGUAUUGGGCAGAUGUUUUAAUGAGUAUAGAUGAGAGCUGUUGAGGCAGGUCUACAGCCAGAGAUGUCAUAUUGAGGAAGAGACUUCCCUACCACAGUUUUAAAAUGGGGACUCCCAACAAGGAAAGAUGUUUUCUAAAAAGUGUCCAAUAUGCUCCUGAUCUCUUGAAACAGCUAAACAAUCUGAGACAGGAGAAAGUUUUUACUGAUGCCACCUUGUGUGUUCAACAUGAAGAGAUUUACUGUCAUCGCAUCAUUCUGGCAGCCAGCAGCCCUUAUUUUCGUGCCAUGUUUUCCCACAACCUGCGAGAAGGGCGAGAUUUCAGGGUAUCCUUUCAGGAAGUUUCCCCGUGGACCAUGAAGCGAAUCAUUGAUUAUGUCUACACGGGAAAUCUGGAAAUAACAACAGAAAACGCUCAAGAGUUGCUGUCUGCAGGAAGCUUGUUUGAGUUUCCAGCUAUUGUGGCAGCAUGCUGUGAUUUCCUUAAACAACAGCUCCAUAUCAGUAACUGUUUAGGGAUAGAAGAAUUUGCCAUGAUCCAUUCAUGUAAAAAAUUGCAGGAUGAGGCGCACAAGUUUGUUCUAGAGAACUUCAGCAGUGUAGUUGAAUGUGACGAAUUUUUGCACUUGAGUCUAAACCGCCUUAAAGAUUACAUUGCAAGUGACUGGAUUGAGGUGCAAGUGGAGGACACCGUGUACGAAGCCGUCAUGAAGUGGAUAAACUAUGACAUUGAUGAAAGACGCAGUGAUCUGUUGGAACUUUUAGAAGAAGUAAGACUUCCCGUUGUAGAUUUGAACAAACUUGCCGCCAUCGAGCAUGAUUCUCUCGUUAAAAGCAUGCCAGAUUGUCUGAAGCUAGUUUUAGAAGCAAAGGAGCAGCAUGCCUCGAUCCAUGAUCAGCAUGGGCGCAGAAGACGCAGCAUGCAAAACUGCCAGGUCCAUCCUCGUCCGUCCACAGUGGCCACAGAAAAACUGGUCGUUAUCGGGGGUCAAGGGACAAGGUCGGUGGAGAUGUAUGACCCCCAAAAGGAGAAGUGGUCAGACCUUCCUGUCUUUCCCAAGUCUGCCACCUCUUAUAGUGUGUGUGCUGUAUCCAACUCGAUUGUUGUUACGGGUGGAAUUUUUGAGAACCGUAUCAUAUCAGAUGUUUGGAAAUUUGACAGUGUCAAAAGGAUUUGGAUAGAAAUGCCACCACUGCUUAAGCCAAGAGCUCGACAUUCGUCAGGAGUGCUGCAAGACAGACUCUUUGUGCUUGGUGGGAUUACUUAUGAAACAACCUCCUCCAUCAUUGAUUUAGACACCAUUGAGAGUUAUGAUUCUAAAAUCAAGGCAUGGACGGUUGUCGGAAAUUCUCCCUUUCCAAGAAGUCUCUCCCAGGUCGUCUCACACAAUGAAAUGCUGAUGGAAGUGGGGGGACUCCAAGGAGGGGUGAAAGUGAACACCAUUGACAGUUACACACUGAGUGAAAACGGGAAGAUGAAGUCAACAGGGGAACAAUUCAUAUUACCAGAAGCCAUACAACUUGCUCAAAUAGUUGUGAUCAAUGGGAUAUUUUACAUCAUUUGGGAGGACUCGAAGAAGAUGAUUGCCUUGAAUCCUCAAAAGCGUACAUUCCAAACACUAGCAGACUUGCAUUACUCCCACAAGUACAGUGGAGCCACUGUCCUAGGGGAAAAGAUAUACGUGACUGGGGGGUUAGUGGAUUCUCGGCCCAUCAAUGUGGUGGAAUGCUACGACCCUAGUACCGAUACCUGGACCAUCGAAAACACAAUGAAGGAAACGCGUGCCUUCCAUGGCUGUGUCACCAUUCAACUGUGAUCUGGACAUUGUACAAAAAUGAAGUUGUGAUUGAAUUUCUCACUCAUGAAUUUGCAUAUCUUUGUCAUUUGACAUAUCUUUUGUAACAAUUAUUUAAUUUAGGUUGGCAUUAACAGAAAGUGCAUCCUGAAAAAAAAUCAUUUAUCUCCUUGUUCAUUGCAAACAAGUGCUAUAUAUCAUACAUACUUUUUUUAAUGUGUGAUCCAGGUUGCUUUCUUUUCAAUUAAAUGUGCCAUGAAUAUCAUCAGAUUUUGCUAUGUAUAAUUUUUUUUGCCCUGAAGCCAAUUACAUGUACUUAAUGUGUUAAUAAUUUAAUUUUCCAGCAUUGAAUUAAUUAGAUCAAAUGCUUACUGGUUUAUUAGGAUGAAAGUUAGGUGUAAUAAUUAUGCAGGAGUGAUGUUAAUUAGGAUAAAUGAUAAUUGCAAUAACAACAAUUAACCCACCAUACAUAUAUACAUUUUGCCAAAAAAUAUUGCUAGUCUUGUAUAUGAUGAUAUAAUGUAUCAAUGCCAUACAAUUUUAUGGGUGCAGGUAUGGGGGAAGGGAUCAAAUGUAUUGGAUAAUUAUCACAGUGUCAAUUAUUUAUGAAUUUUUGUCACAAGAUUUGUUUUAAAUUUUAUCACUAUCUCAAAGCUUUGUUAGUGUUCGGCCUAGAUUUUCAGGUAUGCCUAAAGGAAGACAUCUUCACUUGGUAUAACAGAUACUGUUUUAAAAAUACUGAUAUGUAUUCCAAAUAUAAUUUAUUUUGUUCAUAAUCAUAAAGUUCUUGCACAAAGAUCAGAACAUUUGGCAUGGAUUGGCACAUGGGGAACAAACACAAGUUAACUUUCUGUAACUUUUUUUGAACUUUUUGUAUCCAGUUCCAUACAUGUAUUGCGUUUUAAUUUCUUUAACAAAGUUAAGUCCACAGUGGUAGACCAAUAAUCAUUAUUGUCAUUACAAAAUAAAUAUAUUUCAAUUAUA